AGCAAGUCAGUUAUUGUUUUCUUUGUGGCUUUCCUAACAGCACAACUGUCUCACUAUGAGGUGUUCAGUGGUGAGACCUAUGAUGACUCUGUCCGGUGCACGGAGGAUAUAAAAGCACCUCCUGUGACAUUUGCCUAUAUACCAGAAGAUGAUCUGCACAGAAAUAUUGUGGAACAAGACAAUCUACUCCUUUGCUGUCAAGUGUCCAGGUCAGAUGCUACAGCACAAUGGUACAAGGAUGGAGUAGAGUUAAAGUCUAGUGACAAUGUCCUCAUAGAGGCAGAAAACACUUUACGAAGGCUGAUCAUCCUGUCAGCUCAGCUGUCAGAUUCUGGAACAUAUACCUGUCGUGCUGGAGAUAGUGCCUUAAUAUUUAAAGUUAACGUAAGAGAACCUCCAGUGAUGAUUGUAUAUCCCAAGGAAGAUGUCCACCUUGAUCGCUAUGUUCCUGAAGAAAUUGUCCUCAGCUGUGAACUUUCACGACCAAAUGGAAAGGUGACAUGGUUCAAGGAUGGACAGAAACUACAAGAGAGCGAAAACAUAAAGCUAAAGACAGAGGGUCCAUAUAGACGGCUAAAAAUUCUGCGCAGUGGUGUUGAGGACUCUGGAGAAUAUGUCUGUGACACAGCUGAUGAUUCAAUAUUCUUUAAUCUAAACAUAAAAGAACCACCGGUGCGGAUAGUUUCUCCAAGCCAGUCCCAAAUGGAACUUUGCCAACAGACUUCUGAGAGGAUGGUCUUAAGCUGUGAAAUCUCUAGACCCAAUGCCAACGUACGUUGGUAUCGAGAUGGUCUUGAAGUGGAGGAGAGUGACAGCCUAAUUCUGGAGGUUGAUGGUGUCUAUAGGAGGCUUAUUAUCCCAAAACCUACCGUCAAAGACUCUGCAGAAUAUGUCUGUGACACUGCUGAGGACUCAGUAACCUUCUUUGUAAAUAUUGCAGAGCCACCAGUUAGGUUUAUUCGGCCAAGGAAAACAACCUAUGCAGUAGAGAAACUUGUUGGAGACAUUGUGGUCCUUGAGUGUGAAGUGUCUCGACCAAAUGCUGAAGUUAGCUGGAAGAAGGAUGGAGAAGAGAUUGAGGAGAACAUCAACAUUACUAUCACAGAGGAUGGCACAAGUCGACAGUUAACCAUUCACUCCGCAGCUUUGGAUGAUGCAGGGCAAUAUGUCUGUGAUGCCAGAGAUGAUGUAAUGGACUUCCUAGUGAAAAUCAAAGAUCCACCACUGAAAAUUCUGCGGAAAGCUGACAUAGAAACAAAACGCCAGUUUGUAGUAUCUGAUGCGAUUGUCUUAAAAUGUGAGAUCUCAAGAGCAAAUGGGGUGGUCAGUUGGCUUAAAGACAAUGAGAAGAUUGAGGGAAAGGAGCAUUUCAUCUGUGAAGAGGAAGGGGCAUUCAGAUCUCUGAUUGUUCUGAGUGCUGAGUUGAUGGACUCAGGAGAGUACAUUUGUGAUGCACAAGAUGAUAAAGUUGUCUUCACUGUUACUGUAGAAGAGGCUCCAGUGUCCAUUGUUGGAAAUUCAGAGAAGCCAGAACAUCACAUUUUAAUGACAGGAGAUGAGCUUAUCCUGGAAUGUGAGGUAUCACGAGCAAAUGCUAUAGUCCAGUGGUACUGCAAUGGAAGUUUACUACAAGAGGAUUCACGCACACACAUUGAAAGCAGAGACACAAUGAGGAAGCUUGUGAUAUCAAGACUUCAGACAUCUGACUCUGGAGAGUAUCUCUGUGAUGCCAUUGAUGACAAAAUGAUAACUAGGCUAACGGUUCAAGAACCACCAUUCAAAUUCAUCAAAAAAGAAGAAAGAACAAAUAUUUCAGCCUAUGAAGAAGACAGUGUGACACUACGUGCCACUGUUAACAGGGUCAAUGCCCCAGUGAAAUGGCGAAGGGGUCAUGAUCCAAUCCGAGGAGAUCGUUUCCACACAACAAGUGAUGGUAACACCCACUACCUUACUAUUAACCCACUUAAGAGAUGUGAUACUGGAGAGUACACAUGUCACGUGGGAUCCGACGAGAUGCACUUCAGUGUCCAAGUCAAAGCAAUGAAAGUGAAAUUCUCCAAACCACUGGAAAACAUAGUGGGACUCGAAGGUAGUGAUGUGGUUUUAAAAUGUGAACUGUACAAGUCAAAAGGAGAUGUUCAGUGGCUUAAGGACAGCCAAGAGAUUGUGCCAAACAGACAUUUUACAAUCAGAGCUGAUGGUCGAGUGAGAAGCCUGACAAUAUAUAACAUCACAGAAGAUGAUGCAGGAGAAUAUGCUUGUGAAUCCAAAGAUGAAAGGACAUCAGCUGCUGUAGUGGUCAAUAUUCCUCGCAUUGUGGAGUUUAUUGCGGAGCUACACAACAUAACUGUCAUGGAAGGAGAAGAUGCAACAUUUAAGUGUGUAGUGUCUCCAGAGGAUGCAAAGUUGGCCUGGUUUAGAAAUGGCCAGCCAAUUUCAUCAAAUGAUAAGUUCAACAUCUCAAGUAAUGGAUUAUGCCAUAUGUUGCAUAUCAACAAAUGCCAAGUCUCAGAUAGCUGCAAGUUGACUGCUAAGGCUGAAGGUGUGAUUUCCAGAGCUAUCCUUCAGGUCCAAGAGGCGCAGGUACUUUUCACAAAGAGCAUGGACCCGGUGGUUGCAGAGGAGUUUGGUGAGGCAACGCUUGAGGUGGAGGUCAGCCUUGAGACUGCGGAGGUGCAGUGGAUGAGACAAGGAGUGGUUAUACAUCCAGGGUCCAAAUUCACCCUGAAGCAGAGUGGCAAAAAACGUUCUCUCACAAUCCACAAACUCACCCUUUCAGACCGAGGCACCUACAGCUGUGAAACGCUCCAUGACCGCACGCAAGCCAAGCUCAGUGUGGAACCACGGAAAAUCAAGAUUCGGAAAGGUCUAACUGAGAUCCAGACUUACGAACGAGAGACAGCUUCUUUUGAAGUGGAGCUGUCACAUAGCAAUGUGGAGGGUGUAUGGCAGAAGGAUGGGCAUGCUCUCAAAAACAACAACCGUUUGCGUAUGACUGCAAAAGGACGGGUACACAGCCUUACCAUCUCCAGCCUGACCUUGGAUGACACUGGCACCUACAUAUUCUCUGUUGAGAAUGUCAGAUCAUUAGCAAGAUUGAAUGUUAAAGAAAUCCCAGUAUCAAUCUUGAAAAAGCUUGAGGAUAUCAGGCAACCAGAGGGAUCUGGUAUAACCCUUGAAUGUGAGCUGUCACGCCACAACGUAGACGUAAAGUGGACAAAGAAUGAAGUUCAGCUUAAACCAGGAAAAAAUCAUCGCAUUUACUCUAUGGGAAGAAAGUGCUUUCUACAUAUCCUGAAGUGUGAGCUGGGAGACUCUGGUUUAUAUGUGUGUGAUGCUGGGGAAGCUAAAACAUCCUGUUCAGUGGAAAUCUAUGAGAGGGAACUUGAGAUACUACAAAGCUUAGAGGAUCUGGAUAUUCAAGAAGAUCAAAAUGCAGUGUUCAUGUGUGAAGUGUCACUGGAUGACGUGCCCGGAGAAUGGUUUAAGAAUAAAGAGAAGAUAAAACCAACCAGCACCAUUAAGAUCCGCCAGGAAGGGACUAAGCACUUCCUCCUCAUAUGCAACGUUAAAGGAGACGACUCUGGAGAGAUCAAGUUUGUAGCCAAGAAUGUUGAGUCUACAGCUUACCUUGAGGUGGAAGCACUACCAGCAAACAUUGCGAAACCACUUCAGGAUAAAACAGCUCUAGAAAAAACCCGUGUCAUACUGGACUGCACUGUGACCAAUCCUCGUUGCAGCAUUCGCUGGUAUAAGGGACCUAAUGUCAUCCUGCCCUCAGAGCGCUUUGAGAUCUGCAGUGAAGGGUGCUAUCGAAAACUUGUGAUUCAGCAGGUGUUGCUAGAGGAUGAGGGCACCUAUAGUGUUCAAGUUGGGAACUACACAUCCUCAGCAAAACUAACUGUUGAAGCUCAGUCAGUCGUGAUGGUGCGAGAGCUGCAGGAUGUGGAUGUAACUGCUCCUGCAGAUGCAUGCUUUGAAUGUGAAGUCUCUCUGCCUGUGGUCAAGGCACCUACAUGGACCCUGAAAGGGGAAACACUGCAUCCUGGUCCUAAAGUUGUGGUGGAGAAAAUGGGAACUGUUCAUAGGCUCACUCUUAAACAAACUUCCGCAGACAUGAGCGGCAUUGUGUGCUUUAUCACAGGAAGAGUUAAAAGCACUGCACAUCUGUGUGUCAUAAGUAACCACUGAGAAUCAACACAUAUGCACUUACGGUGCAUAAUACUCAACUAUGCCACUAUUUAAAUACCAAAUGAAAUCAUGAAAUCAUUAAAUCUAUUUUCUUUCAAUGUGUUUGAAAGUGAGGCUUAUAAUUCAUUUAUUUUAAAUCCAAAUUUAUUUAAAAUCUUCAGUGCCAUUUUUGCACAUUAUAUCCCAUUCUACGUGGUUUACCAUCCAUUAGGCUACAAUUCUUGAAUAUUGCGCUGUCUAAAUUUAUGAUCAAACACGUUGUGCUUUAUUAAAAUAAAAUGAACAGCACCAGGCCAGACACCCAUGUAAUUCACCCACGUUGUUAUGACUUAAAUUUCUUGCACAGUAAUUUGGUAUUUAAUUUUGAAAUUUGUGUACUACUGUAUAUCCUUGUAUAGAUAUCCUUUGUUUUGUUUUUUAUUAUUCUUGUUUUGUGGGAUGCAGAUUAAAGUGAGGUCAAGGCGUGUAAUUAAAAUGUGCAGGGCCAAAGAUGAUCAAAAGAGGGUUUGGGACGGAAAGUAACUUUAGCAUAUGUAACAAAUACUCUGAGUUCAUGAAUACAGCCAUUUUACAAAUUAGGGAAACAUUUACAAAUAAAUGGAAAUGCUUUUGAGAGUUUUAGUUUUUUUGCUUCUGCUGUAUUAAAAAGGUAGCCUAUAACAGUUCUUGCCUUUUGCUGAAGUAUCCAAAUAAGUUCAAAAGUGCUGCAAUUUUCCCUGGUUUAGCUAUCAAUAUCUUUCAAUAAAAUUUGAAAACAAA